AUGUCUUCACUGCUGUUUGAGCCAAGCGAAGGCCGAUGCGGCAGCUGUACGCCGCCACCGUCGUCCCAGCAGAGCCAUGGCUACCACCUGGCAGGGGGGUCGCAGGGCGGGGGGCCGCGCGUGCCCCCCUUUGCCCCGCAGCCCCACACGGGGGUGCAGCCGGGAGGAAUGCGCUCGCUGUCGGUCGCGUCGGCACACGCACAGCAGCCACAGCAACAGCCCGUGUCGACCGUCACGUGCAAUGCGCACGAGGUGUGCCACUACUUUCAACAGGUAUUCUACGUGUCGGCCAUCCUCACGGGCAUCGCACUAGUCAUCGCCGGCGCCAUUCAGACUGGAGCGCCGGACGCCUCGCUGAGUUCCGAGCUGCCCCCCAUAGGACCUGGGAUCGGUGAGCCGCCAGACGGCGUGGUCGCCGGCGGCGACCUACUUGUGUUUGUCUACAUCGGUGUGCUGCUCAUCGGCGUCAACGUGUCACUGCUGCUCCUGCAGUGCUACAUGCGCAGCAAAGAGUUACGACGAGCCCGGCGGACGGCGAUGAUUCAGCCGCCGUCGGUUCCGCCUGCCACGGUGCACUACAACCCCCUCGUCUCCGUCGGCCCGCCGAGACAGGUGCCCAUGCCGUGUGCCGCAGACAUCGCGUCUGGCAUACACAGACAGCAGCCGCAGAUGCCGUCGCCGGGUAAGGCCCAGCGGCGCGGCUACGGUCCGGCGUCGGUGCACAGCGUCGCAACGGUGCCUGCCAUGCCCAGCACCCAGCCCCACUGGCUACUCACCCCUGGCUCCCGGGCAGCCACGGUCGCCGCCAGCCAGCCGCCUCCGAGCUACGACAACCUCUUGGUGGUCGGUCAUGCACCACGCGAAGUCGCCACACUUCACCUCAUCUAGUCACGCCUCACUUUUGGUCUGGACGUCCGGGCUCCACACAACUGCCCCUGCAUUUAAGUUUUCAGUGAGAGGGUACAUAUUCAAUAGCCACUUUCAGGUAACAAAACGGGAUAAGGGAAAGGAGGAAAUCAAUGACCUCGAAGUUCCCUAAGCAUGUCCUGCUUCCUUA